UGGAGCCACCUGGCGUGGCAAGGCCAGCUGUGGAGGUGUGCCGGGGCAUCCAGCCCCGAGUUUCCGCGUUGGCAGCGCUGUCCCCUCCCGGCAGUCCCUUGGAGGUGAGGAGCACCUGGCAGCAGCCUGGCAGGCGGAGUCGGCAGCCCCGGCGUGGCUCUCCCCAUGCACCCCCCUUCUGCAGGGGUUCACCUGCUCCGGCUGCCCCCCCCGCCAUGCCUGAGCACGCAGCCGCCUCCGGGCUCCGGCUCUCGGGGCUCUGCUUCCUCCUGCAAAUCCUCAUCAUCCUCCUCUUCGCCGCGUUCGUGCGGUACAGCCCCGAGGGCAGCCCCGGGCCGUGUCCCCCGCAGCCGAACUGCAGCCGCAGGAGCCAGGACCCGGCUUUCCAGCAGCCCCGUUUUCAGGAUGUCCACGUCCAAGUGCUCCUCAGCUUUGGGCUCCUGCUGGCGUUCCUCAGCCGCUACGGGCCAGGCAGUGCGGCCAUCAGCAUCCUCACCACAGCCUUCGCCAUCCAGUGGGCUGUUCUGAUCCAGGGCGUGCUUUACUUCUUCCUCAACGGCAAAAUUUACGUGGGAGCUCAGAGCCUGGUCAAUGCUGACUUCUGCACCGCAGCUGUUCUGAUCUCCACUGGAGCUGUGCUGGGCAGGGUAAGCCCUGUGCAGAUGCUGCUGCUGGCCCUGCUGGAAGUCACGCUGUGCACGCUCAAUGAAUACAUCCUGCUCGGCCUCAUGGGGGUGAGCGACAGUGGACGCUCCUUGACCGUCCACACCUUCGGUGCUUAUUUCGGCCUGACGGUUUCACGGGUCCUGCACCAGCCCCACAAGGACAAGAGGAAGAGGGAAGAGCGGCAGGAGAAGCGCCAGGCGGAUGUCUUUGCUGUGGCUGGAACCAUCUACCUGUGGAUCUUCUGGCCCAGCUUCACCUCCACCACCACUGUCCACCACAACGCCGAGAGCUGGGCAGUGCUCAACACCUACUUUUCACUGGUGGCAAGCACCAUGUCCGCCUUCAUCCUCUCUCCUGUCCUCCACGAGGAGAGCACCCCACGGAUGGUGCAGAUCCAGGAUGCCACCCUGGCUGGCCUGGCCGUGAUGGGUAUGGCUGGGGAGAUGCUGGCCACCCCCUUUGGGGCCCUCAUCGCAGGGUUCCUGGCUGGCCUGAUCUCCCUGCUUGGCUUCAGAUUCCUCACGCCCGUUCUACACUCCAGGCUGAAAAUCCAGGACACCUGCGGGGUUCACAACACCCACGGGCUGCCGGGGGUGCUGGGGGCCUUGCUGGGGACGCUGCUGACGCUGCUGGCCACCGCAGACACUCACGGUUACAGGCUGGAGCUUGUGUUCCCACUGGUGGCCCAGGGCAGCCGGACAGUCACUGACCAAGCGUUCAUGCAGCUCGGCGCCCUGCCCCUCACCCUGCUGCUCGCAACGCUCGGGGGCUGCAUCACGGGAGGCGUCCUGAAAAUCAAGGUGCCGAGGUGCUCCUCGGACGCGCAGCGCAAGGAGAACUCCAUCUCGGGGGAGGUGGCUGAGGAAGGAUCUGACCCCAGUGCGAGUGGAAAGGAGGAGCAGGGCAUCAGCACCUUGGUGUGAUGACCCUGAGUCCCCGGUGACAUCCUGCAGCACCAGUGGUCUGUCACGGCCAGUGCCAGCUGGCUUCUGGCAGCCGGAGCCUCCAGCAGCAGCCGGCUGCUGGUCCCAAAGGUUUUGGGAGCAGCUGGGUGUCCACAGGCCUUUGCAGGGUGAAGAGGUGCUGCAGCAUCCCGGUGCUUGCUGUGGGAGCAGCACGGCUCUUGCCGCCAGGGUCACCUCGGGGUGUCCAGGCUUGGCUCAGCCACUUCCCCUCCCCGCUCCUUGCCUCAGUUUCCCCAUCAGCUGCUCUCUGGAAGAAGGCGAUGGGGAGAGGAGGGAUGACCGUGCUGGGGAACGGGCCCAGGAGGCUGGACAGAAAGCAGCAAAGACUUUGUACGAACACUUCUGCACAC